AGGCUUUAAUUGCCCGAACGUGAAACGGGGAGUUGACACUUUCGUUACAAAUAAUUGGAACCGUGAAAACCAGAUUGUCAGCCUCUUUUUUCUCGUUUGUAUCGAUGGAGUCCAAGCUACUUGAGCUACCAUUUUCUUCCAUUUUCAACCAAAAUGCUGCAAAAUCUUCCACACCCAUUUCUCAUUUUACACCUAGAAAUGCUUUCAAAGUUAUGGGAUCGAGUUUCGGUGCAAAUGUUUAUCGCUCUCUUGGAAUUUCCCAUUCUUCUUCUUCAAACAUAAGAUUUUCAAAGAAGCCAAGGGUGGAUGAGAGUGAGAACCUUACUCUCAACAGUAUAAGACAGUCCUUAAUUCGACAAGAAGAUAGCAUAAUAUUUAGCCUUUUGGAGAGAGCUCAGUACCGUUAUAACCCAGACACAUAUAACCAAGAUGCAUUCUCCAUGGAUGGAUUUCAUGGGUCUUUGUCUUUGGUUGAGUUCAUGGUUCGGGAAACCGAAAGGCUCCAUGCUCAGGUUGGCAGAUAUAAAAGCCCUGAUGAACACCCUUUCUUCCCAUCAUAUCUACCCGAGCCAAUGCUUCCACCUUUGCAAUAUCCAAAGUUCAAUGUUUCAUCACCUAAUGCCAGCAUAUCGUGCCUCACUAUAUCCUCGACUGAUAUCAUCACUUUGAUGAAGCUUCUACCAAGAUUGGUAAAAGCUGGAGAUGAUGGUAAUUGUGGGUCUACUGCUGUAUGCGAUACAAUGUGCUUGCAGGCACUUUCAAAAAGAAUUCACUAUGGAAAAUUUGUAGCAGAGGCGAAAUUUCGAGAAUCACCUAAAACUUAUGAGGAUGCCAUUAGAGCAAAAGACCGGUCUCGAUUGAUGGAGUUGCUAACAUACGAAACGGUGGAAACAGCAGUGAAAAAGAGAGUAGAUAUGAAAACGAAAACAUAUGGUCAAGAGCUAAACUUUCAACUGAAUGGUGUUGCAGCAGUUCCAGAUCCUGUGUACAAAAUCGAGCCAAGUUUAGUAGCUGAUCUCUACGGAGAUUGGAUCAUGCCCUUAACAAAGGAAGUUCAAGUUGAAUACUUGUUGCGACGGUUGGACUAAUGUAAAGUUUCCCUCACAACUGACCAAGGGAAGGGGAAACCAAAGGGUGUAUGAACAUCACUACCUUUUACAUGUUAAACUACAGAAUUUCAGUUUUCUAAAUUAUAGCACAACUUUCCAAAUACCCAGUAAUGUUCUUCAUCAAGAAGGCAAAGGGUUCGAAUACGGAAAAAGAACUCGUCCCUCCUAUGUGAUCAUCUAACAGCAAUGUGAGCUUCAAGCUUGUGUUAGUAAUACAUUCAUUUGAGUUCAGGAAGGGCAGCUUCUCUUUUUUGUAAACUCAUUUUAGUUUGAUUUACGUAGUGUUUAAAAGUUUCUUCUAAAACAAUGGUUGUCAUUGUCAACUUUUGAGCUGGAAAAUGAAUGAAUCUUGAUCCUACCA